GAAGGAGAGCCUGUUUGCUGCUAUGAUUGUGUUCCUUGUCCAGAGGGGACCAUCUCCACUCAGGAAGAUAUGGUAAAAUGCAGCAAGUGUUCACCUGAUCGAUAUCCAAAUAAGGACCGAAUACAAUGUAUCCCCAAAAUUAUAACCUUCUUGUCUUACGAAGAACAUCUGGGCAUCAUCUUGGUCUCUUUUGCCCUACUCUUGUUCCUGACCACAAUGUUUGUGUUAGUCAUAUUCAUUAAAUACCGAGAAACUCCCAUUGUCAAAGCCAACAACCGGGACCUCUCUUACAUCCUCCUGGUCUCCCUCCUGCUUUGCUUCUUGUCUUCUUUAAUUUUCAUUGGUCAACCAAAGAAAGCCACCUGCCUUCUCCGACAAACAGUUUUCAGCAUCAUUUUCUCAGUUGCCAUUUCUUCUCUCUUGGCCAAAACAAUCACAGUGGUGCUGGCUUUUCUGGCCACAAAACCAGGAAAUCAAGUGAAGAGAUGGUUGGGAAAGAUACAAUCCAACUCCAUCAUCCUUUCUUGUUCUGGUGUCCAAAUUAUCAUCUGUUCCAUCUGGUUGGGAGUUUCUCCUCCAUUCCCUGACUCUGACCUGCACUCUCAGCCUGGAGAGAUCAUACUUCAGUGCAAUGAAGGCUCUGUCACUAUGUUUUAUAUUGUCCUUGGUUAUAUGUGUUUUCUAGCUUCCAUUUGCUUCAUUGUAGCUUUCCUGGCCAGGAACCUGCCUGGGGCCUUCAACGAAGCCAAGCUGAUCACCUUCAGCAUGCUGGUCUUCUGCAGCGUCUGGGUCUCCUUCCUGCCCACCUACCUUAGCACCAAGGGGAAAUAUAUGGUGGCUGUUCAGGUCUUCUCCAUCUUGGCCUCCAGUGCUGGUCUGCUGGGCUGCAUCUUCUUCUCCAAGUGCUACAUUAUUAUCCUGAGGCCAGAUCUAAACUCUAAGGAACAUCUAAUAGUAAAAAUAAGGAAGUAA